AUGUACAUUAAUACCACCAAUGCAAUCAUAUACUCAUGUAUCAAGUAACCACCGGAGCUGUGGCUCUGUUAUGUUUCCUUAGCUUGGCGGCGCACCGUCGUACUUCACUCCCCGCCAGAAGACAACCUUUUCCUUUCUUUAAGACACAUUGUAUUAUAUGUAAAUUACAGGGAAAGGAUAAGAACGAACUACCAUUGCUACCCUUUUUAAAUGCGGUAUCAAACAACAAUAAAGAGAAAUUACAUAAAAAUUUUAACCAAAACAAACGAGAAGUAAAAUCAACAACAGAACGGAAGCCGCAAUAUAAUUCCGAGACAGAUAACACAAUGGCAGAUAAUCUGACGCCAACACACAAGCUUAUGAAAGCGCUUGUCACACAUAAUCUAGAUGCACUUAUAAUCGACCAUGACGACCCUCACGCAACUGAAAUACCACACGAAGCAUUCGGAGGAUUGGAAUUCGUAUCUAAAUUCACCGGUAGUUGGGGACAAGCACUAGUGUCUACAGAAGGAGCAUGGUUGUGGACCGAUUCAAGGUAUUACAUACAAGCAGCAAGGGAACUCCAGCAACCUUGGGAACUUAUGCCAUAUGGCAUGAAGGAUGUACCUGAUCUUCCUACAUUCAUAAAAACCAAGGGAUACAAGAAAAUUGGAAUAGAUGCACAUACAACUCCGCAAAAAGUAUUGGAACAUUAUGAGUCUGUAGCUGAUACUGCAUUCUUCGUGGAACUAUACAAAAAUCCCAUAUAUGAAAUAUGGGACUCCAGACCUACGUUACCGGUGGACCACAUAUUCAUCCACCCUGAAAAGUAUACAGGAAUGAGUACUAUCGCAAAAUUAACAGAAAUAAGGGGUGCUCUAAAAAAGGAAAAGGCAGAUGCAGUUGUGUUCUCAGUGCUAGAUGAAAUAGCUUAUGUAUUAAACCUUAGGGGCAGCGACUGCGAUACGUCACCGUUAUUCUAUAGCUACCUCGUUGUAGGAGAAAUUGAUGCCGUGCUUUUUAUCGAUGAAAGAAAGGUACCUGACUCCGUCAGGGAUGAAUUGGCUUCCUGGGGAGUACAGAUAAUGCCAUAUGAAGAACUCUUUUUAUUCCUAAGGCACUUGCCGCAAAAAAUGACAAAGAAGAAUGAUGUAAAGACAUAUACCCUUUGGGCAUCGCAUUCUGCCUCAGUGGCUAUAUGUGACUCUUUCAUGUCCGGUGACAGUAAGCUCAUACAGAAAAGGCUAAUACAAAAGCCAACCCCUGCAUGCUGGAUGAAGGCCAUCAAGAACAAGGUUGAAUUGGAAGGCAUGACAGAAGCGCAUAUACAAGAUGCUAUCGCAUUAGCAGAGUUCUUUGCCAAAGUUGAGAAUAUGAAACAAGAUGGAACGCUGUUCACCGCUGAUGAACUCAUACUUGGUUCUAUGAGUAGCCAAUGCCGUGCUGAUAUGCCAGAUAACAGAGGAAUAUCGUUCCAUCCUAUAUCAUCUAUAGGGUCGAACUGUGCGGUAGUACAUUAUCGCGCCACAGAGGAAAUCAAGGCUAAAAUAGAACCAAAAAUAUAUUUGCUAGACUCAGGUGGACAGUAUCCUGGAGGAACCACAGAUGUCACCAGGACAAUACAUUUCGGUACACCAAGCGAUGAAGAAAAAGAGGCAUAUACCCAAGUACUCAAGGGGCACCUAGCUCUUGGGCAUGCAAUAUUCCCUGAACAUACCUCGGGAGCAACACUAGAUAUACUCGCUCGACAAUACCUGUGGGCAUCUGGUCGAAACUAUUACCACGGGACGGGACACGGAGUAGGUUCGUACCUAAAUGUACACGAGGGGCCCAUGUCAAUAUCGUUAUUAACAAAACCACGCAUGGGAGACUAUAAAGUUAUAUACCUCGAACCAGGAAUGGUUCUCUCAAACGAACCUGGAUUCUACAAGGAAGGACACUAUGGAAUACGUAUAGAAAACAUGAUAUACGUAAAACCCGUGGAAGGAGAUUUUUCAAAAGAUAAAACGGAAUUCCUGACUUUCGAAACGUUGACAUUAGUACCGUACUGCAAGGAACUCAUGAAUAUCGCCAUGUUGUCCCAGCAAGAAAUUGACUGGAUCAACCAAUACCACGCAAGAAUCGCAGAUAUACUCUUACCGAGAAUGGAAGCACUGUCACCCACGAAGUACGCAGACGCUAUAAAGUACAUCAAGGCCGCCGCUGAACCCAUCAGCGUUUAGACACUACUUCCUCAA